AUGAUAUCAACAUGGAGAGAAAGAUCUUGGUCACGGUCGGCGGUUGUCAAUGGGGGCGAGGAGAUACCGAGUGUAGCCCAGGGUGUCGACGUCAAGAAUGAUUACCGGGUCGACUCAUUGCAGGUGGAAGGAGAGACGCAAGCGCCGUCUGAUUCUCUUGCAUGGCUCAACCUCGAUGCCGGUGCGAGCAGCGCCAGCGCCAGCGCCCAUUCACGGCCCAUUGGACAACCCGCGAUGCCAAGACGUCCACCGCCGCCGCCGCCCAUCAACACCAACGUCGGCGGAGCGGAAUGCAGCAGCAAGAGCGGAACGAGUAUCGACAGCGGCGUUGACCCGCGAUGGGCGCGCAAUCACAGGAGGAGGAGCAUCUUCGUGGAGCACUUGCCGGAGAAUCGGUGGAGGUUGGAGAAGAAAGUAGAGCCUCGCAGGCGAAUUGGAACGUCCGGUUGGUUUUCAAGUCUUCGUAAAAGAUAUUAA